UUUAAACAUAACGACAAUUGUGUGUGUGUGCGUGUGUGUGCGUGUGUGUGUGCGUGUGUGUGUGUGUUUUCUCUUGAUUGUUCGCCUCCUUUCUUGUUUGCCUCAGCGUCUGUUAUCUCGCAGGAAUGCGAGAAUCUGCGAGACUAAUCGCACUCGAUGAAUGUCUAAGAGCGCCAUAUUAAAAUAACACGCACUUGAAUUGAAUCAGUGGGUCUGCGCGCGGUGCAGGACCGGGGUUUCGCGUGACGGGUGUGUGUGUAGAAGCUGAACAGAUUUGACUUUGAAGAAAGUUUUUUUGUUUGUUUUGUUUUAAGUGAAGUGAAAGUGAAAACAUCCUGACCAUGGAUAACGGAGCAGACUCUCGUCGGCUGAGCAAUUCUGUGAGUGCUGAUAACAGAGGCAUCGGAGUGGCUCCAUGUAUCCACGCAAGCACCGUUACCUCUUCUUAUAAUAUAAACAUCUACCAGGGUGCAGCUGCAGAGAAGAGAAAGGAAAUGGAUCAUGAAGAGGAGCCGGAAAAGAAAAAACCCAAACUGCUGUCAGAACCAGAACCAGAAGACGCAGUGGACUCUGGACCCGCCUUGACGGAAUACAGUCUUUCCAAGAUGGAGGAAUACGCAGACAGGAACCGGGAAUCUUUAAUAGGGCUGCUGGACAAUGAAGACGGACUGCAGGAGAAGAAAGAAAAACUGAAAUCGAUGAAGUUAAAAAAAUGCCUCGAUUGGAAUUGUGGAAAAGCACGGAAAAUCAAUAAAGACUUUGGGAGAUUCGUUAGUCAGUCGAAGUUCCCUUGGUCAGAGGUUGAAUCUUUUCUCUUUGAAAAAGUUGGUAAGGCUGCUGAGCGGGGCAGAGUGGAAGUUGAUGAGACAGGAGGGGACGGCUGGGAUUCAAGUGGCUACUUUUCAAGUAUGAACACUGAAGAUUCCAGAAGCUCCAGCACCCUGACCCAACCAGCACCAGCACCCCCCUUGGAGGAGGAUCUGAGAAAGAAUCAUCUACCAGAAGAGAGAGAGGACAGGGAGCUGAGCCAGGGGCUGCAAACAGGACCAGCUCCCCGUGCCAGGAUGAUGAUGAUCCCAAAAGAAGGGAUUUAUGACAGUGACAGUGCAGCAGGGGGAGAGCUUUCUGCACAAACGCAGCUUAAGGAGGAAAGCACUGAAAUCCCGGUGGGACAGCUCGCUCCUUCAGCGGAGCGCAUGGAGAGAAUCAACUCCCGGGAGCAAACGCAGGAUCCCGCCCUUCAACUAAACCACGAGGCCGGGCAGCAGCAGCCAGCAGAGCCCUCCCUUCAACUAAACCACGAGGUCGGGCAGCAGCAGCCAGCAGAGCCCUCCCUUCAACUAAACCACGAGGCCGGGCAGCAGCAGCCAGCAGAGCCCUCCCUUCAACUAAACCACGAGGCUGGGCAGCAGCAGCCAGCAGAGCCCUCCCUUCAACUAAACCACGAGGCCGGGCAGCAGCAGCCAGCAGAGCCCUCCCUUCAACUAAACCACGAGGCCGGGCAGCAGCAGCCAGCAGAUCCCUCCCUUCAACUAAACCACGAGGCCAGGCAGCAGCAGCCAGCAGAGCCCUCCCUUCAACUAAACCACGAGGCCGGGCAGCAGCAGCCAGCAGAGCCCUCCCUUCAACUAAACCACGAGGCUGGGCAGCAGCAGCCAGCAGAGCCCUCCCUUCAACUAAACCACGAGGCCGGGCAGCAGCAGCCAACAGGAACACUUCCCUACAGCAGCAACUGGGCUGGGAUUCCUGCUACUGGCGAGAGCGAAGAGGGGAACCAACAGAGCGAGAAGGGAGCGAAAAAACAAACCAGAGCAAAAGCAAGAGCACGAAAAGACAAGGCGGCCGAGGAAGAGUGUUGGAACAAAGCCUUCAAGAAGUGGCUGGAGCACACGGCUCAGUCCUUAGCUAAGAAGGAAGGCAAGACCGUAGAUGAGGUGAAAAAACAAAUCGAAUCCGACUCUGAAGUAACCUUCAUUGACAACUGCCAGCACGCGGACUUCACCUGUCUGACGGCACGCGAGUGCAUCGUGUUCGAGCACGAGGGCGAGAGAAUAAUGGUGCACAUCGACAAGAGAGACAAGUGCCUUACCCUCAAAGGCAAGGGCAUCAAAGAAGGGUUCAUGUUUCAGUUGCAAUACACCAUGUGGAUUCUUGGAGACAUUAAAGGGACGCACGUGGUGCUCUCUGAUGCAGGUGAGAUACUGGAGUAUAAUUUCGAUGAAGCGAGUUUAGAACAGUUCCACGUGAAUUUUCCACGGAUAAUUAACAAAGUCUUCCUUCCAGCAAUAGCUUUGUAUAAACAGGCUCAGAGAGAGAGAGCGUUUCAUUAGCAGCAGAUCCAGCAGCGUUUCAUCAGCAGAUCCAGCAGCGUUUCAUUAGCAGAUCCAGCAGCGUUUCAUUAGCAGAUCCAGCAGCGUUUCAUUAGCAGGUCCAGCAGCGUUUCAUUAGCAGCAGAUCCAGCAGUGUUUCAUUAGCAGGUCCAGCAGCGUUUCAUUAGCAGAUCCAGCAGCGUUUCAUUAGCAGAUCCAGCAGCGUUUCAUUAGCAGAUCCAGCAGCGUUUCAUUAGCAGAUCCAGCAGCGUUUCAUUAGCAGAUCCAGCAGCGUUUCAUUAGCAGAUCCAGCAGCGUUUCAUUAGCAGGUCCAGCAGCGUUUCAUUAGCAGAUCCAGCAGCGUUUCAUUAGCAGAUCCAGCAGCGUUUCAUUAGCAGGUCCAGCAGCGUUUCAUUAGCAGCAGAUCCAGCAGUGUUUCAUUAGCAGGUCCAGCAGCGUUUCAUUAGCAGAUCCAGCAGCGUUUCAUUAGCAGAUCCAGCAGCGUUUCAUUAGCAGAUCCAGCAGCGUUUCAUUAGCAGGUCCAGCAGCGUUUCAUUAGCAGGUCCAGCAGCGUUUCAUUAGCAGCAGAUCCAGCAGUGUUUCAUUAGCAGGUCCAGCAGCGUUUCAUUAGCAGAUCCAGCAGCGUUUCAUUAGCACAUCCAGCAGCGUUUCAUUAGCAGAUCCAGCAGCGUUUCAUUAGCACAUCCAGCAGCGUUUCAUUAGCAGGUCCAGUAGCGUUUCAUUAGCAGAUCCAGCAGCGUUUCAUUAGCAGAUCCAGCAGCGUUUCAUUAGCAGGUCCAGCAGCGUUUCAUUAGCAGGUCCAGCAGCGUUUCAUUAGCAGGUCCAGCAGCGUUUCAUUAGCAGAUCCAGCAGCGUUUCAUUAGCAGGUCCAGCAGCGUUUCAUUAGCAGAUCCAGCAGCGUUUCAUUAGCAGAUCCAGCAGCGUUUCAUUAGCAGGUCCAGCAGCGUUUCAUUAGCAGAUCCAGCAGCGUUUCAUUAGCAGGUCCAGCAGCGUUUCAUUAGCAGAUCCAGCAGCGUUUCAUUAGCAGGUCCAGCAGCGUUUCAUUAGCAGAUCCAGCAGCGUUUCAUUAGCAGAUCCAGCAGCGUUUCAUUAGCAGAUCCAGCAGCGUUUCAUUAGCAGCAGAUCCAGCAGCGUUUCAUUAGCAGGUCCAGCAGCGUUUCAUUAGCAGAUCCAGCAGCGUUUCAUUAGCAGAUCCAGCAGCGUUUCAUUAGCAGGUCCAGCAGCGUUUCAUUAGCAGGUCCAGCAGCGUUUCAUUAGCAGAUCCAGCAGCGUUUCAUUAGCAGGUCCAGCAGCGUUUCAUUAGCAGGUCCAGCAGCGUUUCAUUAGCAGAUCCAGCAGCGUUUCAUUAGCAGAUCCAGCAGCGUUUCAUUAGCAGAUCCAGCAGCGUUUCAUUAGCAGAUCCAGCAGCGUUUCAUUAGCAGGUCCAGCAGCGUUUCAUUAGCAGGUCCAGCAGCGUUUCAUUAGCAGAUCCAGCAGCGUUUCAUUAGCAGAUCCAGCAGCGUUUCAUUAGCAGAUCCAGCAGCGUUUCAUUAGCAGGUCCAGCAGCGUUUCAUUAGCAGAUCCAGCAGCGUUUCAUUAGCAGGUCCAGCAGCGUUUCAUUAGCACAUCCAGCAGCGUUUCAUUAGCAGAUCCAGCAGCGUUUCAUUAGCAGGUCCAGCAGCGUUUCAUUAGCAGAUCCAGCAGCGUUUCAUUAGCAGGUCCAGCAGCGUUUCAUUAGCAGAUCCAGCAGCGUUUCAUUAGCAGAUCCAGCAGCGUUUCAUUAGCAGGUCCAGCAGCGUUUCAUUAGCAGAUCCAGCAGCGUUUCAUUAGCAGAUCCAGCAGCGUUUCAUUAGCAGGUCCAGCAGCGUUUCAUUAGCAGG